CACAAUCCUUCUCGGCACGUCAAAUUGUUCCACGGAACAUUAUAGUUUCCUAUUUUCUUGAAAAGAAAAGAAACAGCAAAAUCCUCACCCUCCCAUUUCUCACGCGGGCAUUGUCCCUUUCGCACUUCCUUCUCUUCGCAAAAUCGAAUAGAAACUUUUGUGUUUUUGCCGAAAGGAAGAUAAUUGAUCUUUGGAUAAUAAGCUGCGGUUUUCCUGGUUGAUAUAUUUGAUAAUCACAAAAGUAAAGUUUUGGUAGUGGUGGAUUACUGUUAAUUCAGUGGAUGACGAUGAGUCAAGGGGGAUCGUCGUCGAGGAGAAGCAUGACGUUGACCAGCUCAUUGUCUCAGGGAAGGAAGAAAAUUGCGGCGCCGGCGGAGAACGGCAGCGUGGGGGUUGGGAAUUCCCCUCGACACCGCAAAUCUAUAUCAACUUCCCGUUCCGCGGGACUGACAGGAGAACGAACUGUCAAGCGUUUGCGGCUAUCAAAAGCCUUGACAGUACCUGAAACUACUACCAUCAUUGAAGCUUGUCGUCGAAUGGCUGCCCGAAGGGUUGAUGCUUUAUUGCUGACGGAUGCAAAUGCAUUAUUAUGUGGAAUCCUGACAGAUAAGGAUAUAGCUACAAGAGCCAUUGCUCGUGAGAUUAAUCUUGAGGAAACACAUGUUUCCAAGAUCAUGACAAGGAACCCAGUAUUUGUGCUUUCUGGUACUCUUGCUGUUGAGGCCUUACAAAAAAUGGUUCAAGGAAAAUUUAGACAUUUACCAGUUGUUGAAAACGGAGAGGUGAUUGCUUUGCUUGACAUAGCAAAAUGUUUGUAUGAUGCUAUUGCUCGUAUGGAGAGGGCAGCUGAGAAGGGAAAGGCUAUUGCAGCUGCUGUUGAAGGUGUUGAGAAACAUUGGGGCACAUCAGUUUCUGGCCCAAACACAUUCAUUGAGACUCUUCGAGAGCGAAUGUUUAGGCCCUCCUUGUCUACUAUAAUCUCUGAGAAUUCAAAGGUUGUUACAGUUGAUCCAAGUGACACAGUGCUAGGGACUGCAAAGAAGAUGCUUGAAGUUCAAGCGAGCUGUGCUGUUGUAACAGUAGAAAACAAACCAAGGGGCAUACUAACUUCAAAAGACAUGUUGAUGAGAGUCAUAGCUCAAGAUCUUCCUCCAGAAUCCACUCUGGUGGAGAAGGUGAUGACCCCAAAUCCAGAAUGUGCCACUGUUGAUACACCUAUUGUUGAUGCUCUCCAUACCAUGCAUGAUGGCAAAUUUUUGCACCUCCCUGUUGUUGAUAAAGAUGGAACAUUCGUAGCUGUUGUUGAUGUACUUCAUAUAACUCAAGCUGCUGUAGCCACAGUUGGUAGUACUGCUGGAGUCAGUGGUGAGGCUGCAAACACCAUGAUGCAAAAGUUCUGGGAUUCUGCAAUGGAGUUAGCUCCAGAUGACGAGGACUCCAGGAGUGAGAAUUCCCUGAAGCUGAAUUCUGAUGCUGGAGAAAUCAGUCAAUCUCUUCCUUGUCCUUCUUCCACCACAUCCAGUAAUUUUGCUUUCAAGAUUCAAGACAGAAAAGGAAGAAUGCAUAGGUUCUUAUGUGGUACACAGCACUUGGCUGAUUUUAUAACGGCAAUCCUUCAAAGAGUGGGAGAUGAAAUUGAUCGUAACAACCUUCCACAAAUUCUGUACGAAGAUGAAGAUGGUGACAAAGUUGUAAUUGCAUCAGAUGGUGAUCUUCAAGCAGCUGUAGACCAUGCAAGACUAGCUGGUUGGAAGGGGUUGAAAUUGCACUUAGACUAUUCAGGAACACCUCAUCGGCUGAGGGGAUCCACCUCAUCCUCGAGUCUGGAUUAUGCCCAAGCAGAUAGCGCAUGGGCUUCGGCGUACAGCGCUGUUGCAGCUGGGGCUGCACUAGUUGCUGGUUUAGGCGUACUAGCAUUCUUGAGGCGAUCUGGAAAUUGAUCAAACUUUAUUCCGCAUACACAUUACUCACAGGAGUUCUUGAAGCUCGAAGACAAACUGGAAUUGGAUGUUCAGGUGUGUUAUCUUUGGAUUGAAUUCAUUGAUCUACUUAUACCUUACAGGAUCAUUGAUUUGUCAUACCCUGCUAUACGGAGUUUUGCACUGGUGAUUAUGACGAAAAAUGGAUUUUGUCCGGAUACAGUUUGUAGCUGCUUGAAUAUGGGGCUAUAUUAAUUGGAUGAAUUCAUAAACUGCAUAUGGCUUCCUGAUUGUAAGUGCUCCACAGGAACUGUAUGCAAACUUCAACUUUACUUUGGUCUCUUUGUCUGCAGAAAGUGAUCUUUCAGUUUGUUGGUUCUCGUUAACUCUUCUGGAGACUCUCCCCUUAGAAAAUUGAUCAAGGUCCAAGCACUGUUUUGAAUAUCA